AUGUCUUACACUCCAUUACAACAUGAUCCAAACCAACAGGUUGCUGCAACAGUCUUGUGUUGUAACUGUGGUGUUCCAAUGGAUGGGUCCACAGGUUUAGUUAUGUGUUAUGAUUGUAUUAAAUUAACCGUUGAUAUUACAGAAGGUAUUCCAAGAGAAGCUAAUGUUUCAUUUUGUAGAAAUUGUGAAAGAUUUCUUCAACCACCACAACAAUGGAUUAGAUGUGAAUUAGAAUCAAGAGAAUUAUUAGCCUUGUGUCUUAGAAGAUUAAAAGGUUUAAAUAAAGUCCGUUUGAUUGAUGCUUCAUUUAUAUGGACUGAACCUCACUCCCGUCGUAUUAAAGUUAAAUUAACUGUUCAAGGUGAAGCUAUGGCCAACACUAUUGUUCAACAAAGUUUUGAAGUUGAAUACGUGGUUAUUGCAAUGCAAUGUCCUGAUUGUGCUAAAUCUUAUACUGUUAAUACUUGGAAAGCUGCUGUACAAAUUAGACAAAAAGUUUCCCACAAGAGAACUUUCUUAUAUUUAGAACAAUUGAUCUUAAGACAUAGUGCUCAUGUUGAUACUAUUUCAAUUCAAGAAUCAAGAGAUGGGUUAGAUUUUUUUUAUUCACAAAGAUCUCAUGCUUUAAAAAUGAUUGAUUUCUUAGGUUCAGUUGCACCAAUUAAAUCUAAAAAAUCUGAAGAAUUAGUCUCACAAGAUAUUCAUGCUGGUACUUCAUCAUAUAAAUUCACAUUCAGUGUGGAAAUCGUUCCAAUAUGUAGAGAUGAUUUAGUUGUUUUACCAAAAAAAUUAGCACAAUCUUUAGGUUCAUUAUCUCAAUUAGUUUUAUGUUCAAAAGUUUCAAAUACUUUACAAUUUCUUGAUGUUAAUACUUUGAAAACUGGUGAUUUAUCUCCACAAGUUUAUUACAAGAAACCAUUCAUGUCAUUAUCAGAUGCUUCACAAUUAGUGGAAUUUAUUGUUUUGGAUGUUGAACCAACUGGUGUUACCAAGGGGAAAUAUGUUUUAGCAGAUGUUACAUGUGCUCGUGCAGCAGAUUUAGGUAGUAAUGAUAAAGAAUAUUAUGUUAGAUCUCAUUUAGGUGCUCUUUUACACCCAGGUGAUUCAGUUAUGGGUUAUUAUACAGUUAAUUCAAAUUAUAAUCAUGAUUUAUGGGAUUCAUUAGAUCGUGAUAAUUUACCAGAUGUUAUCUUGGUUAAGAAACAUUAUCAAAGAAAAACAAGAAAGAAUAGAAACUGGAAAUUAAAGAGAAUGGCAAGAGAACAUCAAGAUAUCGUGGCAAAUGAAGAUUCAAGAGCUGCAAGACAAGAAAUGGAACGAGCUGAAAAGGAUUAUGAAGUUUUCUUACAAGAAUUAGAAGAAGAUCAAGAAAUGAGACAAGCUAUUAACUUGUAUAAAGAUACCAACUUAACUGAACGUCAACAACAAGAAGCUGCUGGUGAUGAAAUGGAUGAAGAUGAAGAUGAAGAUGCUCCAGGUGUUGAUAUUGAUGAAUUAUUGGAUGAAUUGGAUGAUAUGACAUUAGAAGAUCAGGCAUAA